UUGCAUUUUGUCUUAGCUCGUGAAUAAUGAGAAUGUUUACAAGUCUCUUAAUUAUAUGUGGCCUGGUUCCCACUUUGAUGGUCCAGGCUAAAAUUGAAAAGAUACCCGUGUUCGAAAAGUUACGGGAACAUUUCUACUCCCAAGUUGAUUCAGUUGACUGGGGCCCGUUAAUCAAAGAAUACGUUGUUGACGGCUAUCUACGUGUACCGAAGACAAUAUUACGAAUGAAUCAUGUUAUCAAUUAUCUAGCUGAUGCUGCGAAAAAAACCGCAGCCCUACAGGCGGCCAAGAAGAAAGCUUUAAACUUUAUUGAGAUAAUCAUAAAGUUAUCCAUGAAAAAAAUGGGAUCAGCGAUCAAUAGAAUGAGAUACAAAUUAAUUCUACACUUCCAGGACAAGUACAGUCCGAUCACAACGCCUGCGAGCCUGGGCUUUUUGGAAGCCACUCAAAACUCUGAUGACUACACGACACCGUCCUAUGAUAAUUAUACAAUAUACGAAAUGGAUAGAGAGAAUAUCGAGAAGGGAUAUUCAAAAUUAUUCAAUGAUUACAAUAUCGACUGGCCGUAGGAAUAAUAGACAUGUCCAGAAUUCACUAUCGAUGCCCAUUGAUGCGAAUCAUACUAAUAUUUUAUCAUUAUUAAACCAAAAAUCAUUAAAUAAAUU